GAAUGAUUGAAGGGCUGAAAUGGCACAAGCUGGAGCCAGCAAAGAGAAAUAUUUGUGUUCAAUUUGUUUAGAUUUCCUCAAGUAUCCAGUUACUAUUCCUUGCGGACACAACUACUGCAUGGACUGCAUUACCAACCACUGGGACACACAACGGGAAUUGUAUACGUGCCCUCAGUGUAGAAAGUACUAUGGCUCAAGACCGAUUCUUAUGAAAAAUACUUUAUUGGACGAGUUGGUGGAAGAUUUCAAAACGAGUAACAUCCAGACUCCAGAUUCGAGUCCAGAAGAUGUCCUGUGUGACGUGUGCGAGGGCAAGAAACUAACAGCGAUAAAAUCCUGUAUGCAGUGUCUGGCAUCUUUUUGCGAGAAGCAUUUACAACCUCACCUCAAGUCUCUGGCAUUUGCAAAGCACAAGUUAACAGAGCCCUCAAGAAAUCUGCAAGAAGGACUUUGCCCAAGACACAAUGAGACAAUGAAGAUGUUUUGUCGAAGAGAGGAGCAAUGCAUAUGUUUUCUUUGUUCAGUUAACGAACAUAGGGGACAUGAUAUAGUGUCGGUGAUAACAGAGAGGGCUCAAAGGGAGAAGGAGCUGGAGAACAGACAGCAAAACAUCCUUCAGAAAAUCACAAAUAGAGAGAAAGAGUCUGAAAUACUGCAAGAGGAAGAAAUGAGUAUCAAUCUCGCUGCUGAUGAAGCAAUAUUUGAAAAUAACACAAAAUUUGAAAACUUGAUUUGUCUUAUUAAGCAAAAGAAACGUGAUUUUGAGAGGGGGGUCCGAACUGAACAGGAGAACAAGGUGCGCCAAGUUGGAGAGAUUCGAAAAAACAUUGUUGGAGAAAUCGCUAAUCUGAAGAGGAUCAAUCUUGAGAUGGAGUUGGUGUCACACAUUUCCGACGACAGCCUAUUUCUGCAAAAGUAUCUAGAACUUUCUGAAACAAUGGACACCCCUGAUUCCGACUACGUCCAACCUCUUCCUGUUCAAUCUUUCAAAGACUUCACAGCAGCAGUUGGAGUUCUGACCAAUAAACUGCAAAACGUCUUGGAAGGUUCAGCAAAUGAAUCUGUGGAUGAUCCAGCUCCUCAGACUAGAGAGGAUUUUCUGAAGUAUGCCCAGAACAUAACACUAGAUCUGAACACAGCCAACACCCAGCUAGCACUUGCCGAUUUCAACAGAAGAGUUACACUCAUAGGAAAACACAUUGAUUAUGUUCAUCACCCGGAAAGAUUUCAAGAUUGGAGGCAGGUUUUGAGCAAACAAAGCCUGACAGGUCGAUGUUAUUGGGAGGUGGAGUGGUCUGGGGAGGAAGGUGUGUAUGUUGCAGUGGCGUACAAGAGUAUUAAAAGGCAAGGAUCCUCCAUAGAUUGCUUAUUUGGGUACAAUGAUAAAUCCUGGGCGUUGUAUUGUGAUAAAAAAAAUUAUGUAUAUUGGUUUAAUGGUGUUAGUUGUCCAGUUUUAGGUCCACGUUCGACUAAAAUAGGAGUCUACUUGGAUCACACGGCCGGGGUGUUGGCAUUUUAUAGCGUGUCUCAAACAAUGACAUUGCUACACAAAGUUCAGGUGACGUUCACUCAGCCACUGCAUGCAGGGCUAUGGCUGUAUUAUCCAAUAGGGAUUACUGCUGCUUUUUGUAAACUCAAAUAAAAAAAAAUCCAUUCAUUCAAAUCUGUAGAUCUAUAAUUUUUAAAAGUUCUACAGAAAUGGAAAGGAAAAAUAGGCAUCAAAAUCCCAAAGACAUUCAUUUGAACUACUUUUUAAAACUGAGUGUUCGACGACUGUAGUUAGUUUGACGGUUUUGUUGUAAUACAGUGGGUUUAUGGGUUUAAAUGAUCAGGUUCAAUAUUUGUGAGUUCCCUCUUAAAUAUGUCUUAUCAAAAUAAAAUGCAAUCAGGUCUCAUUUUGAUUUAUAUUUGACUUUUAUUUGAAUUAACCUGUGUUAUGAUUUACAUU